CCCAGGUUCGUUGUUGUACGUCUGUUCCAUGGCUCGGAUAAGAUGGUUUCCGUCAAGAGCGACAGCCAUCCUAAAAAAAUAAAGAGCGACAGCCUCGAAACGACUGCAGAUCCAGACUCUUCUUCCCCAACGCGGCAUUCAUUUUAGGUGACGAGGUAGAGAGGGAGGAAGUGGGAGAACGGGCGACCGACGCUUAAUGGAGUUUCUCAUGCAUCCAAUCCGUAGAUCCACGCUGAGUGAGGAGGUAGGAGAGAGUCUGCUGCCGGAAGGUUUGCCGGCGGACGGUAACAGGCGAACGGUGGUGGUGCCGUUGCUGGAGGGUGUGAGCGGCAUGUGCGGAUCUGCGUGGCGUCUGCACCGGCGGCGACGAGCGGAGAUGGGCGAAUCUGCAACGUGGCUCAAGCGGCAACAGUGAGAAGGACAACUCGCCUCCGACUUCUGAGCUCUCCAUAGGAAAGAUAAAUCCCCAGGCUCCUGGUUGGAAUAAAAAGGGGGCGAGCGGUACAAACACCAGCCUCUAGCACUGACAGUGUGGUCAAGGAAGAUGCGGACGUGAACAAGGUUGUACCACUUGUGCAAGACGAAGAUAACAAUUGCCCAGGUAAGAUAGUAGGUCCAUCUUCAGAAGAAUGGUUUGCAAUUAGACUAUUUUGUUUUUGCAAAAUGUGAAUGGAUGAUCAUAUAUGGUAACACAUCUUGGGGCUUGUUUCUGGUAGCUGAUGCUGGUUUAAUGGAUGUUGUUCUGGAGGAGAUCAAUGCGAUGCAUGUACAUGCCUCUCAGGCGGCAUCAUACGAUGUUAGGGCACGCACAAGCAUCCCAUUGGUAAAACAAGAAGGUGUUGGAGAUGGUGAUGUGCAGGGGCCUGGUGAUGUGGUUGUGUGCAGGGUGGAGCGGAUAGAUGACGUGCAUCUAGAUGAUCAACUUGCUCGGCAACUUGAAGCAGAGCUGGAUGCGGAAUAUGAGAUGGAGAUAGCAUCCCGUGCACCGGCUGCGAGUGCGACGACAGGUUUGGUUCACGGGGUUAUUGACAUCUCUGACAAUGAAAGCAAUGAUGAAGUUGAUAUGAAAGAAUGGUCUGAUGAUCCUGAGCACGCUAAGUUGUCUGAGACAGACAGAAAGUUGAGGGAGCAAGAGCUGCAAGAUCCAGAUGUCAUGAAAAUGUAUCAAGAAAUGUAUGAUAAAAAUGAUGGUCCGCGGGAAGAAAACUGAGAUCGCCAAUGCGACAGCAAACCAAAACCUUGCUCAGGAGGUCGAACCGGCAGGUCGAGAAACAAGCCCCGU